CCUCUCCCUUUGUUAUUCAAAACCAAAAAAAAGCCUUUUCCCUUUGGCUUAUAAGAUUGUUUGAUAUAUUCAAAUAAUCUUCCUUGUUUCUCUAAUUUCAAUCAAUCAUGUCACCGGUGGAGAUUACGACCAACGAGAACAACAAAUCAUCAUCACCAUCGAAGAAGGCAUACGUGACCUUCUUGGCUGGCAAUGGAGACUACGUGAAAGGAGUGGUUGGGCUUGCUAAGGGUCUCAGGAAGACCAACACUCCAUACCCACUAGUGGUUGCUAUUCUUCCUGAUGUUCCUGAGGAGCACCGCGAGAUUCUUCGAUCUCAAGGCUGUAUUGUCCGUGAGAUUGAGCCCGUUUAUCCUCCUGAGAACCAGACCCAAUUUGCCAUGGCUUACUAUGUCAUCAACUACUCCAAGCUUCGUAUUUGGGAGUUUGUGGAGUAUGAGAAGAUGAUAUACUUGGAUGGGGAUAUCCAAGUGUUUGAGAAUAUAGAUCAUCUAUUCGAGUCCCCAAAUGGGUAUUUCUAUGCGGCCAUGGAUUGCUUCUGCGAGAAGACAUGGAGUAGCUCACCGCAGUACAAGAUUGGAUACUGCCAGCAGUGCCCUGACAAGGUCAAGUGGUUGCCUGAGUUGGGAUCUCCACCACCGCUCUACUUCAAUGCCGGCAUGUUUGUUUACGAGCCUGACCUUGUUAUUUACCAUGAUCUCUUGGAAGCCCUCAAACUCAACCCUCCUACUUCAUUUGCUGAGCAGGACCUUUUGAACAUAUUCUUCAGGGAAAGAUACAAGCCUAUCUCUUCUGCUUACAACCUUGUCUUGGCUUUGCUUUGGCGCCACCCUGAGAACAUUGAGCUUGAUAAAGUCAAGGUUGUCCAUUAUUGUGCUGCGGGAUCAAAGCCAUGGAGAUUUACUGGAGAGGAAGAGAAUAUGGACCGAGAAGACAUAAAGAUGCUGGUGAACAAGUGGUGGGAAAUAUAUUUGGAUGAGUCCUUGGAUUACAACAACAACAACAACAACAGCAUUAGCAAGGAUGCUGCCGCUGAAGAACAUGUAAAGCUUGGACCCUUCAUUUCUGCAUUGUCUGAUAAGGGCAAUAUUGAUCACCAAUUGAAAGCUCCUUCUGCUGCUUAAGGAUAUCUAUCUGUUUAUCCAAGUCAUCUCUCACUCUCUGAAUUGGAGAUGAUCAAAUACCCAUGAACUAUAUAUAUAUAUAUAUAUAUACUAAUAUACAAAUAGAGAGAAGUUCAACAGCUAGUGCUUUAGUUUAGUCACUAUAGAAAAAAAGACACUAGCUAAGAAGUGUGUAAUGGGUUGUGUUUAUAUACAAUAGUAUAUAUGGUAUAUAACCAACCCAAUUUGCGAAUAAAGCAUCGACUAUAUAUUAAGGUUUCAGUUUGUCAUGGUUCUUAAUUUGUGAUAAAAAAAAAAAAAAAAAAAACCACAAGGAGUUUGUCAUGACUGUUUUAUGUAUUUUCGAAUCUAUCCAAUAUGCUUUUCUCUUUUGAA